AUGCGUUGUUUUGUUACUGUCGGAACUACAAAAUUUGAUUCAUUGAUUAAUAAAAUAAUGACUGAACCAUGCCUUGAAAUUCUGAGACAAAGAGGUGUUUCAUAUUUGGUUUUACAAUCUGGUGCAGGAAUAAUACAUAUUGGUGAUAAUAAAAGAAAUUUUAAUGGUAUUCAGAUAGAGCAAUACUGUUACAAGGAUGAUAUUAAAUUUGAUAUGGAAGCAGCCGAUUUUAUUAUAGGACAUGCAGGAGCAGGCACUUGCCUAGAAGCUUUAAAACUUCGUAAACCACUCAUUGUUGUAGUUAAUGAAGAUUUGAUGGGCAAUCACCAGUUGGAAUUAGCUGAGCGCCUUGCAGAUGAAGGCCAUAUUUUUUAUACAAAUGUUACUAAUUUAUUAAAUUUGCUUCAAACUGUUAAUUUUUCUGAAUUGAAACCAUUUGUGCCUUGCGAUAUGCAUAGACUAGCGAAAUUUAUUGAUAAAUGCACAUAA